AUGAACAAUCACACCAUGGUCAGAGACUUUGUGCUGUGGGGUUUCUCUCAUCUCCAAGAGUUCCAGGUCCUUCUCUUCCUAUUUAUUCUGUUGGUGUAUGUGCUGAUCAUGCUGGGGAACCUGUCCAUCAUCACAAUCACCUGCCUUGAUUCUCGCCUCCACUCACCGAUGUACUUCUUCCUCUGCAACUUUUCCCUCAUGGAGAUGCUUGUCACCUCCACUGUUGUGCCCAGGAUGCUGGCUGAUCUGCUGUCCACACACAAAACCAUCUCCCUGGCUGAAUGCCUGACCCAAUCAUUCUUCUACUUUUCCUUGGGCUCUACUGAUUUCCUUAUUCUCACUGCCAUGGCCUUUGACCGUUAUGUUGCAAUCUGCCGCCCUCUGCACUACCCAACCAUCAUGAGUGGCCAGGUUUGUGUUAGGCUAGUGGUGGCAUGCUGGGUAGUUGGCUUCUUCUCCAUAAUUUCCCCCACCCUCCAAAAAAGCCGGCUCUGGUUCUGUGGUCCUAAUGUCAUUGACCACUUCUUUUGUGACUCUGCCCCACUCCUAAAACUUUCCUGCUCAGAAACCCACCACAUUGAACGCAUGGACUUCUUCCUUUCUCUUCUCUUUGUAUUGACCACCAUGUUGCUAAUUUUGAUCUCCUACAUCCUCAUCGUGGCUUCAGUGCUGCGCAUUCCCUCUUCCUCUGGCCGCCAGAAGGCCUUCUCCACCUGUGCCUCACACCUCACUGUGGUGGUGCUUGGCUAUGGCAGUGCCAUCUUCAUCUAUGUGAGGCCUAGCAAGGGCCACUCCACAGACCUCAACAAGGUGGUGGCCCUAAUGACAUCUGUGGUCACUCCCUUCCUCAAUCCCUUCAUCUUCACCUUUCGGAAUGAAAAGGUCAAAGAAGUCAUUGAGGACAUUGUCAAAAAGAUACUCUCUAGAGACUCUGGGGCCUUCAGAUAA